GUUGGUAGCAGGAGGGAGGGGGCUCUGAGCUGGAGCUGGACCCAGGCACGGUGGAGAGGGGCCUGGCUGCUGCUUCCUCCCUCACUGGUGGCCUCUGCAGAGACAGUUGUUUGUAGAAUGUACCCAAUCUGCUGGUUUGUAGAAGAUCUGGUCCUGUUCGUUCUAAGCCAGUUUUCUUUUCCAGGAAAGAAGUUCCGAAAUAGCUGUUCAUUUAGGUCUACAAAGCAUGGAGAGUGGUGGUUCUAAUAAAAGAGAGGUGCCCAAGAAUGACACUUCUUGCUCAGUCCCUGUGAAGAAACUCAACAUCUCCAGUCUCUCUUCAAAAAUUGACAUAGGCGCGGAUGUGGAAGUUGUGUGCAGCUCAGAGAUGGGUUGUCUGCCAAUUAACUACACAUUAUUUUUAAAUACAAGCAGGAGAGGUAGUGCAGUCAAGAACAAGAAAAAUGAAAUUGUUACGUUUAAAUUCACAAUCAAGUCCAUCAAUGAACUGGGUGAAUAUAAAUGCAGAGCUCAAAACGGACUUACUAACACGUCCAAUCUCAAAUACAGUCCUGGAUUCCACUUUACCUUAAGAGAAGAGGAGAAUAAUAUGGCAGUGCUCAUUGGGCUUCCUUUGCUUCUGCUACUGGCGCUGAUAGGAAUAGCUUUAGCAAUUCCAUGGCUGAUCCUUCCUUGGUGUAAAGCAAGGAAGCUGAGAACAGCCAGUGUAUCUGUCGGUUUGGUAACAACAAAUUACCCACACUCAAAAAACUCUCCAACAAGUUAUCCACACUCAGAAAACUGUCCAACUUAUGAUGAUAUUGCAUUUAGAAAAAAUGAAGAAACUGAGUAUUGCAAUGUGAACAUUUCCAAUAAGGAAAACUGCAGAAAUGGUAAAGUCUGUCUUGUCUUCUACAAGUGGAACAAAACCAGACUGAAGUUUUUCAUCAGUGAGGAUAGCACAGUGAACUACGCAGAAAUUAUUAUCAGAAGCUAAAAAGAACUCUGGUCUGAUAUCUAUUCUAUCAAGAUAAUACAAGCAAAAACAUAAGCCUUUUCAAUGUAAUGUUUGAAAUGUUCAAUACUACCUAUUUGUACUUUCUAGUUUGUCUCCAAGCUGAUGUUCAGGUUUUAUUCAAGUCACACAAGACUGACACAGCAGAAAUCAAGGCAACAGACAGCAAUUUUAUUCUGCUUCCCAACGGCCAAUCUUUUCCCCACAAAUACAGUGCAAAAUUUAAUCUUUAUAUGGACCUGAGAACACUUAAACUAGCAGUCUCCAUUCAAGAUGUCAAACUCUCAGUUCUUUUGUAUGCUGACGAUAUACAGAUUUAUAAUGUCCCAUGUUCAGCUGACAGCAGUUUCACUGCACACUACUCUCCCAUGCCUGCUUUUUCUAGCACGUAUUGCAGAAAAGGACAAGUAGUAUUGAGCAAUACUGCACUAAUCCCUUUCAUUUGAACAUACUAAUACGCUGUGAUAAGUAGCUCCUUUUAAGCCUGGAAAACUCCAAACUGGACAUCCCUGAAGAUCUAUGUAACUCAGCUUGCUCACUCCUUUUUACAUUAUAUAUGGUUCGAUAACAUUACAAUGAAUCAAUAUUGUGGCUUUUCAUUUGCAGGGUUCAUCUCUCAGCUUCCUUCCAUCACAGGUUGCAAGAGAGCACCCCCUAGUGAACAGAGCAGGGUAUCAGAACUCAAGUUAACUGAUUUUCAUUUUAGUAGCCAAAGAAAAAUCAUUCAGACAGGAA